AACUUACUCUUUCUGAUGAAAAACUUGUUGGAUUUUCAGUUAUUGUGGACGAUUUCGACAAUGGGGUUUGAUUCGCUUGAGGCGAGUUAUGGUAAGGAAAUGCUUGGAGUUAAGUGGCAUGAUUCUUCUUUGAAUCUGUCGAACUGUAUGGAAAGGGCUUCACGACACAAGCGUUCGAAGAGUUAUCCUGAUAAGAGACUCAAGGAAGAUGUUAUGAGUACUAACACUGAAACACCUCGUCGACUAAAAUUGGACAUGGGACAAGGGAAGGGCCACACUGAACCCAAGGAGAACCAAUCUCGGUUGGGAGCACAAAGCUCUUUGAAGCAAGAGAUUUUACAGCUUGAGAAACGAUUACAAGAUCAAUUUGUGGUUCGGAGUGCACUAGAAAAGGCAUUGGGCUAUAGGUCUUCCUCAUAUGAUAUUUCAAAUGAGAAUUCAAUGCCAAAGCCUGCCAAGGAACUCAUCAGAGAAAUUGCUGUGCUAGAGUUGGAAGUUGUGUAUUUGGAACAAUAUCUUCUCUCACUGUACCGUAAAGCUUUUGACCAGCAAAUGUCUACCUUAUCUCCAUCUACCAUGGAGGAAAGAAUAAAAUCACCUUCAUUCGCACAGAAAGAUAUGUUUGUGAAAGUUUCUGGACAUGAUAUAUCCUCAGAGAGAGAGAAUUCAGCUGUUCAUUCAGCUCGUCCACCAUUACACCUAGACUCAAUUGGCAAGCUGCAGAAGGAUUUCAGUGAUAUCGGGAGUGCUGAAAAGCUGUUAGAUUCUGGCAUUCACCGCAGCCAUUCUUCUUUAUCUCAACGUUCGGUUUUUAUGACAAGGACCUCUCCACCAAUGGAUACUCUAGAUAGAGCUUUACGAGCAUGCCAUUCUCAACCCUUGUCUUAUCUACAGCAUGCGCAGGAUACCACUUCAAAUGUAAUCAGUUUGGCAGAACAUCUUGGUACACGUAUAGCUGAUCAUAUUCCUGAGACACCUAACAGGCUUUCCGAGGAUAUGAUCAAGUGCAUGUCAGCUAUAUAUUGCAAGCUUGCAGAACCCCCUCUGAUGCAUAAUGGCCUUUCAUCUUCUCCUUUCUCAUCCUUGUCAUCAGUGAGUGCCUUUUCUCCACGGGAUCAGUAUGAUUUAUGGAGCCCUCACUGCAGGAAAGAUUCUACUUUUGAUGCACCAUUAGAUAAUCCUUUCCAUGUGGAAGGAUUGACAGAGUUCAGUGGACCUUACAGCAUAAUGGUAGAGAUACCAUGGAUUUGUAGGGACAAUCAGAAACUGAAUGACAUUGAUGACAUGUUGCAAAAUUUUAGGUCACUUGUUUGUCGAUUGGAAGAAGUUGAUCCUAGAAAGAUGAGGAAUGAGGAGAAGCUUGCUUUCUGGGUCAACGUACAUAAUGCAUUGGUGAUGCAUGCAUUUUUAGCUUAUGGGAUUCCACAAAAUAAUAUGAAAAGAGUGUCUUUACACCUUAAGGCUGCAUACAAUGUGGGAGGUCACACCAUCAGUGUAGACACAAUACAGAGUUCUAUUCUUGGAUGCCGUUUGCCUCGUCCUGGACAGUGGUUUCGUUUGUUUUUUCCUACAAAGACGAAAUUCAAGGCUGGAGAUGAUCGGCAGGCAUAUGCAAUUGAACAACCUGAGCCACUUUUACAUUUUGCUCUUUGUUCAGGAAGCCACUCUGAUCCUGCGGUACGUGUAUACACACCCAAGAGAGUGUUCCAGGAACUAGAAGCUGCAAAAGAGGAGUAUAUUCGGGCCACCUAUGGGGUACGCAAGGAACAGAAGAUCCUUUUACCAAAAAUUGUAGAGUCUUUUGCGAAGGAUACAGGUUUGUGUCCUACUGGUGUAGUGGAAAUGAUCCAACAGUGUAUGCCUGAAACUCUGAGAAAGACCAUGCAUAAAAGACACAAUAGCAAAACCCGCAAGAGCAUUGAAUGGAUACCUCACAACUUUGCAUUCCGGUACCUGAUAUCGAAAGAACUUGUGAAAUGAUAAAAUGCAUAAAAAAUGCCUAAUGAUCUCCAUGUCAAGGAAAAUAUAAAGAUCAUAAAGCUCAAGAGGGCUGGUUUUCUGGAAAGUCAGGUUUUGAUUCCCCUUCCCACUUUAACUUUAUCCAUUUUGUACAAAGGAAAGAGAAAAAUGAAGCAAGAUAUUGUAGGAUAGAAUGGCUGCCUUCAUUUUGUAUAUUGUAAUCCAUGUUGUUCUGUAUUAUGUAAUGAGAAGCAUGGUUGUUUUGUAAUUCUG